GCGGUCACCAUCUGGACUGGGCUGGGUUGGGGCAGGGCCCAACUCAGAACUCCGCUCGCCCCGCUCUCUACAGGACCUGCACCGCUGCUCCUCUGCCCUGCCCAGCCCUCCGCCAUGGCCAAGGUGAUCCUCAACCCCACAGAAACAGAACGCUGUAUCGAGUCCCUGAUCGCCGUCUUCCAGCGCUAUGCUGGCCAGGAGGGAAAUAACUGCACCCUGUCCAAGACUGAGUUCCUCAAAUUCAUGAACACGGAACUGGCUGCUUUCUCUAAGAACCAGAAGGACCCAGGCGUCCUGGACCGGAUGAUGAAGAAACUGGACCUCAACUGUGACGGUCAGUUAGACUUCCAGGAGUUCCUGAAUCUGAUUGGGGGGCUGGCCCAGGCCUGCCACACCUCCUUCACGGCCGCACCUCCCACCGCCCACCACCAGCACAAGAAGAUCUGAGCGAGCCCCCUACCCUCCUCCCCAACAGCAGAGCCAGCGACGCCCCCAGAGUCCCCAUCCAUGCCACACUGAAGCCCCCUCCUCUGCCCUAUAGCAGAUUGACACCCCCAGAUAUUACCUCCAUUCCACAUUGACACGCCCCCUUCUGCCCUAUACCAGGGUCCAUGACACCCCCAGACCUCCCCCCAUUCCACACUGAAGCCUCCUCUUCUUUUCUACAGCAGAGUCCAUGACAACCCCAGACACACCCAUUCCACACUGAAGCCCCCUCCUCUGCCACCUCCCCUGUUCCCAGAGACCCCCACACACGUGACCCCCACCCAUUCUACACUGGCACUCACUGAGCCAGGAGCGGCCCAGCCCUGGGACAUGCCUACCCCUGUCUCCCCACCCUCCACCCCUCACUUUAUAGAAAUAAAUCAAAAUGGUAGAAACAGUC